UAAAUGUUUGGAAGAGGUCCUGAUACAGUGUUUUAGUUUGACAGAUCAGGAAAAGCCAUCAAUCAGAAACUAUUUUUUCAGUGAGUUAAAGAACUCGACUGGGGAGAUUGCGUGUCUAUUUAACGGGGUGUAAAAGUAUUCGGUUUAGGAAAGAAAGCGAAUGUGUUGAACUUUCUUCAAAAAAGAUUAGAAACUGGAAUUUUUUUAAACCAAGAGAAUAGUGUCGUUGUUUGGUCUUUGUGACAAGAAGCCACUAUUGUGCUACCUUAUGAUCUCACCGAGAACGGUUUCCCGUUUCCUGCUAGACUUCACGCGGACAAAAGAUACAGGAGCUGGAGAAUUUAGGAACUGGGCUAUGACCUAAUGAUGACUGACCAAUUAAAUAUUGAUGAUAUUAAUCCAAACUAACUGGUACUGACACAUUACCCAGCUAGGAUGCUGUGUUCGCAAGCAUAUGCCUAAUUGUGCGAGCUGAACAUCCUUCCUUAGCCAAUAAGAUGUAAGAUUGGAAACAAUCCGUAAGGAAAUAUACAUGUAUAAUCGAUUAGAGUCAUCAAGAGUUGAGCGUUUUCGUCACUCGGUUAUAUCAGUUAGUGCCUUUACCUCACCCUUAGCAAUAAGCUCUGUUUGCUUUUGACUUUCCGACUCUGCGUCGGUUGAUGUCAGGCAUGAGACAUUUCAGUGUUUACUUUGAUCCUGACUGAGAGCGGUUCGUUUGUUAAAUAAUAAUUAGCAUUUGUCAUCUUGCAUUCUUUCCUAACCACGAGAAGCACAGCAAGACAAUGUUGUAGCUCGUCUUGCAGCUCUUGGUAUCCAAGCGCGGGGGCUAGAGUUGAUUAAACAACUACAAAAGGAAUGUUUAUUACAGUAAAAUAUGGAGAUCAUGAAGAGGCUCUUUUUAACCCAAACUGUCGCAUUCUUCACCUGUUGGAAGACAUUAAAAGGCGAUGUAACUGUGCUGAGAAUGCAGUCAUUGACCUCUCGGAUCUACAGGGAGCAGUAAAGAAUCUAACAGAUCAUCAAGCAUCAAAUGGCAGCGAAUUCCUCAACGAACGAGAAACAUUUAUUCUCGUGCGAGUUGAAAAAAACAUAGAGGGCCGUGAAUUUCCCCUGUACACACCUCUUCUUAAUGACGAGGACGUUUUGACAAAGGAUUUCCUAGAAAGUUUACGCCGCACGCCUACUGACACCCUAGAGGUCAGCGGCAGAGGUUCUCGUAGCAUGCGUCGAGGAAGCCUAAAACCAAGUGUCAAACGCAAGCAGUCAUCGGGAAAUCUCAGUCUUAGUCCUACAGGGAGCAAUUCCACGGGUAAUAAACCCAGUGCCACGUCAAGAAAACGUUCGAACCCAAACCGGCGGACUUAAUAAGAUGAACCAAGUGUACUGGCAACAGCGUGACAGGAGCCAAAAAAAUUUACUAAGUGCAUGUUUUCAAUGGAGCACGCAACAAAAGUAAAGACAAAGUCGUGUGUCA